UUCUAUUUCCUCCCCCAUAUCGUUUCCUCUCGCGAACAACCAUGAAUUAGGUUUCUCGACAACCAUGGAAAGGUUCCCUCUCAUCGACGUCCCGUCGGAGGACGAUCGCGUCUCCUCGUCCUCCUCUUGCGAUGUCUCCGUCCACCAAAGCACGUCAGUGAUUGCUGGUUCUGAGUAUGGCAAGAGUCAAGAGAAAAUGAGCAAGCAAAUGAAACAAGCUCUCCAGUCAGUAGAAUCCUCGGAGCAAAAACAAUUAAAGACCAGCAAACAUUACUUGCGGAACAGUUUAGAUUGGGAUAGAGAUUUUCUUACAAGUGAAGGUGUUCUGAAUAAUGAAGAAUUGGCCAUCAUAAACAGUACAUUCAAGAAGAGUGAAGCAUGUUCACUUCCUAUAAUUACAGAAGAAGCAAAAAAAACAACAGAAUUAAACUCAUAUUUAGAUAAUGAUAGAUGGGCUUUGGAAAAGCUUGAGGUAGAUUUGUUUAAAAAUGUACAAACUUCCAAUCAAAAGACUCCUGGUACUGGUGAAAAAGCUUUGAAAUUGGCACAUCCCAGCAAGAAAAUUAAUCCAGCGAAGGGAAGGGCACUGCCCAAUAAAUCACCGGUGAAGUCUGAACCAUCUCGUCACAAUAAGAAGAAGUCUCCCGUGACAUCGGAGAGGCACGGUGUUAGCAACCAUCUCCAUAAGCAUGAUUCUAGAGGGGCCACUGUUGUUACAGAUGUGGCUGUUGAUGGAAUUACUAGUUCGAGGACAGUGUCAAAGCCACCAAGAGUUUUGUCCAGAGCAACUGUACAAAUGGUGCCAGCCAAGACGACUUUGGUUCCUGCAAAAACCCAAAUAAGAACCAGUAAUACAAAAGAAAAACCAGGCAAUGUGGUAAUGCCAAAAUCUGUUGUGGUUUCCAAGAAAAUGAAUGAAGGUUCUUCCAGUGGCAAUUCUAAGUCCUCCCAACCAUCAAAAACGACUUUGACUUUGGUCAGAAAUUCAGUGGACAAAAAUCUUAAAUCUCCUUCGGACAUAACAAGGAUGAGUAGUACAUCUAGAGCUACCAAUCGCUCCUCAUCUGGAUUAAUCACUAAUACAGCAUCUAUGAGGACAAGCAGAACUAAAACUGUCGGUAGAAGUGCAAGUAAUUCUACAGUAUCUUCAAAUUCUGCUGUGAAGUUAACUUCAAGUACACCAAGUAGCUCUUUUGACAGUGCUACUUCGGGAUCAUUUUCAUCAACGCGCUUUGCUGUGAAAUCAGCAAUCUAUAGCAUUGAAACCGGUUCUCCAUCCUUGUCAUUGGAAAGUGCUGACAAUGAUAGAGUUCAUUCGGCAGGUUGCAGUUCAUGCCUCAGAUCCGAAGAUCAUGGGGACCAGUCUUCCAAACCGCAUGCUACGAAAAAUACUCCAGAUGAUGAAGUAACAUCUAAGCCAUCCAGAGGGGAUCAUCCAAGAAGCUCCACUAACAAUAACUCUGCAACAAAAUGCUGCAGAUCUCCAGUGAAGAAACCAUUAACCACACAGACUAGCAAGCAGCCCAGUUUUCUGAAAGCCACCGCCGGAGCCUCCAAGACUGAUUCAGUGAAUAAACUAAAACACGAUACAAUUCAGCAUACUACACCUGGGACUCGAAACAGAGCCCUCAAUUCUGGUUCUUCACAAACUCAUUCUGCUGCUCUUACUCGUAACCGGAAGCACAGAUCCCAAUCUCUUGAAAAUCUACCGAAGCUUGCUGAAUAGAAUGACUUUACUGGUUUAUCUGAAGCACAGCCAAAAUUAUGCCCCAUCACUGCUUGAGGAUUUCUGCCCCUCAAAAGAUGGUCCCGUGGUCCCGUUCAAGGUUUCUGAAAUAGCAAAAGAAGUUGCCGGUCAAGCUUAAUGGUGUGGAUUCCAAGUGCGAAUGAGCAAGGUGGUCAUCCGCGUCCAAAGCGUAUGACAGAUAUUCCUAACAACGGAGCAAUGGUUUUGAUCGAUAGAAGUUCUUACCUUACCGAGAAAUCCCGUUCCUUGUCUGGGUGGACAGGUAACAUGUAAUUGGGAAAGUUAUCACGCUGGAAUUCACCUGUCAUGGAUAUUGAUAAGGAAAAUAUUGUUCCUGCAGAAUGAACAGAUGGGCCGAGCAAAAACCUCAGGACACAGAGCGGUGAAAGAAAUGGCUGAAAACUAGUGCUGCUCUCAACUUAGAGACACAAGGAAUCUGAGUUAUGGACAUUCAGCAUUAUCUGAAUCAUCUUUUUUAUGGUCGUCCACUGAUGAGAACUAAAAAGUUUCAUGAUGUUCUGCGAAGAUGGAGGACAGAUAUUUUGCUUCUUUGUCUUUUGUGAUUGAAUUGCAGCUUGGUCUGACCAAAAUUUUUUCCCAUCUUUAUGGAUUCUAAUUGGAUGUAACUUGAAUU